AUGUCUUUUACUAGGCGCUUAGUGCGGUGCGUCUCUUUGUUACUGAGUCAUUCUCUUGAUGACUCAGCCAAUACUGCGAACGUCCAGUUCGCAGUGUUCAUAGAUAGAAGGAAAAACAACAAGAAUCCACACCUCAACUUUCGUACCUUUUGUUUUGCAUUGAACUAA